GCAGUCUGAGCUACAUGGCCCCUGGUGUAAGAGAUCCUCUCCUCCGUCCCCGCCUCUGCUACUCGCGCCCCUGCCUCCGCCUCUGCCCACCCGGCCCAAUCCCUUACAACCACCCCAGGAUUGCUUGUGAGCAGCCACUGCAAGACAGACGGGCACCAGGUCGCCCCUCUCAGCUCCAGCUAGAAAGACUUGAGUUAGACAAGCAGAAGCACAUACCUCCCUACCGCAUGGCGAAAGAAAAUGGAGCAGCUGAGCUGAGAAUCCAGAGCCUGUCAACAGACCAAGCACCUAAAGGUGCUGCAGGUAAAGGAACUCCAGCUGCAGAGAAAGACCGUGGCUCCCCAGACCCAAAGAAAAAUCCUGGCCCUCCAAACCCAAAGAAAGAUCCAGGCCCUCCAGACCCAAAGAAAGAUCCUGGCUCUCCAGACCCAAAGAAAGAUCCUGGCCCUCCAGACCCAAAGAAAGAUCCUGGCCCUCCAGACCCAAAGAAAGAUCCUGGCCCUCCAGACCCAAAGAAAGAUCCGGGCCCUCCAGACCCAAAGAAAGAUCCGGGCCCACCCACCGUGAAGAAAUAUGCCAAAGCCUCUGCCCCAGAGAAAGGGGAUGGUGCCUUGGCCCAACCCUCAACUAGCAGCCAGGGCCCUGAGGGAGAGAGGAGCAAGGGUGAGGGGCCUGCGGAGGGCAGUGCUGGGCAGCCAGCUGCCCUGCCCCAGAAGUCUAUGACAGCCGAGGCUAGUGUCAAGAAGCCCAACGCUAAACAGGGAACCUCAGGCAGCCAGGACCCUGGAGAGCCUAAGGUGGGCAAGAAGGCAGCAGAGGGCCAAUCAGCAGCCAGGAGGGGCUCACCUGCCUUUCUGCAUAGCCCCAGCUGCCCUGCCAUCAUCUCGAGCUCUGAGAAGCUCCUGGCCAAGAAGCCCCUAAGUGAGGCAUCAGAGCUCACCUUUGAAGGAGUGCCCAUGACCCCCGGCCCCACAGAUCCUGGGCCAGCCAAGGCUGAAGGAGGGAAGAACAACCUGGCAGGGAGCCAGAAGGAAGCAGAAGAGAAAGACCCAGGCCAGGCUGGCCAGGCUAAGGUGCAAGGGGACACCUCGAGGGGGAUCGAGUUCCAGGCUGUUCCCUCAGAGAGACCAGAGGUGGGGCAGGCCCUCUGUCCCACAGCCAGGGAGGAAGACUGCUUCCAGAUUUUGGAUGACUGCCCACCACCCCCGGCCCCCUUCCCCCACCGCAUCGUGGAGCUGAGGACAGGAAAUGUCAACAGCGAAUUCAGCAUGAACUCCAAGGAGGCACUUGGAGGAGGCAAGUUUGGAGCAGUCUGUACCUGCACAGAGAAAGCCACAGGCCUCAAGCUGGCAGCCAAGGUCAUCAAGAAACAGACCCCCAAAGACAAGGAAAUGGUGAUGCUCGAGAUUGAGGUCAUGAACCAGCUGAACCACCGCAAUCUGAUCCAGCUCUAUGCGGCCAUUGAGACCUCACAUGAGAUCGUACUGUUCAUGGAGUACAUCGAGGGCGGUGAGCUCUUCGAGAGGAUUGUGGAUGAGGACUACCAGCUGACCGAAGUGGACACCAUGGUGUUUGUCAGGCAGAUCUGUGAUGGGAUCCUCUUCAUGCACAAGAUGAGGGUUCUGCACCUGGACCUCAAGCCAGAGAACAUCCUGUGUGUCAACACCACGGGCCAUUUGGUGAAGAUCAUUGACUUUGGCCUGGCACGGAGGUAUAACCCCAAUGAGAAGCUGAAGGUGAAUUUUGGGACCCCGGAGUUCCUGUCACCUGAGGUGGUGAAUUACGACCAAAUCUCCGAUAAGACAGACAUGUGGAGUUUGGGGGUCAUCACCUACAUGCUGCUGAGUGGCCUCUCCCCCUUCCUGGGAGAUGAUGACACAGAGACCCUAAACAAUGUCCUAUCUGGCAACUGGUACUUUGACGAGGAAACCUUUGAGGCCGUAUCGGACGAAGCCAAAGACUUUGUCUCCAACCUCAUCGUCAAGGACCAGGGGGCCCGAAUGAGCGCCGCACAGUGCCUUGCCCAUCCCUGGCUCAACAACCUGGCAGAGAAAGCCAAGCGCUGUAACCGACGCCUCAAGUCCCAGAUCUUGCUUAAGAAAUACCUUAUGAAGAGGCGUUGGAAGAAAAACUUCAUUGCUGUCAGCGCUGCUAACCGCUUCAAGAAGAUCAGCAGCUCAGGGGCAUUGAUGACUCUGGGGGUCUGAGUCCCAGGAGCAGCUGAGGCCUGGAUGCAGCCACACAAUGGCCAGGGCUGAGGCCACCCAGCCCAGAAGGCCAGAGGAAGCAGGCCAGAUCCCUGGGGCCAGCUGGCCAAGAAAAGGCUGCACCAGGCUGGGAGGCUCGGGGCCCCUAUGCAGUGACCGCUUCCCCAACAUGAGCUGCCUCGGAGCAUGGCCUGGAUCCAUCCUGCUAGUGCCUCCCUAGACAGUGCUCUGGCCUGUCAGCUACACCCCAGACUCCAUGGGCCCAUUGAAGCUGCUCCCUGUCCCUGCCCAGCUCCCCCUCUUUGAACUGCUGCCCUGGUGAUCCCUGCUUUGCCCCACCUGGGGCAUCCCCAGCCUAGGCUUGCUCCUAGCUAGGGUGGGAUGGCUGGGGGUCCCAGCAUGUAGGGCUUCUGCAGUUGUGGAUGGGAGGCUCAUGGCAGGGCAGGAAGGCAGCAACUCCAAUUCCUAAGGCCCAGCUGCCAGGGAAGACAGAGCAGGCUUUGUGAAAGAGGACCUCCAUGCUCCUGCCGCCUCCCCACUCCCAACCGAUAAGGCCUAGCACACACCAUCUGGCCCGGGCCCGGCCCCCACCCACCUUCCUUGCGACCACCAACACACAGGAACUCUGUGUGAGAGAGAGGGCGCCCAGCCCAGGCCUGGCUGAGGGGGAGGGGAGAAGCCUGGGGGACACAGGAGACCACCCCUGAGCUUGCCUCAGGGCCAAGCAGGCCCAACCCAGACACUCCGGGCCCCCGUCCCAGGGGUCACCCAUGGCCUCAGAUGAUGGGGGCAGCAGGGCCAGGAGUGGGAAGGCCAUUGGGUGGCCCCCAACCUGCUCUCAGCUUGUGCCUUGUAAAUAAAUGUACAGGUUGGA